GCCUCGACUGCACUGAACUGCGAUUUCUCUGUUACACCAGCCCCUUCCGCAGCAACAGCAGAAGAAGAGAGGAGUACAUCAGGCGAAGACACCAUGGCUGCAUACACGAAUCCCACCCAAAUAUUUGCCGAAGACGUGCAAGAAGAAAAAGGCGAAAAUGCGCGUCUCUCGGCCUUCGUUGGUGCCAUCGCAGUUGGCGACCUCGUGAAAUCCACACUUGGCCCCAAGGGCAUGGACAAGAUUCUUCAGUCUGCUUCAACGGGAGAGAUAAUGGUAACGAAUGACGGUGCCACAAUCCUCAAAUCCAUCGCUCUCGACAACGCCGCCGCCAAAGUCCUCGUCAACAUAUCCAAAGUCCAAGAUGAUGAAGUGGGAGACGGUACCACAUCGGUUACUGUACUGGCAGCAGAACUGCUACGAGAGGCAGAACAACUAGUCAAUCGUCACAUCCACCCCCAGACCAUCAUUGAAGGCUUCCGUCUCGCAUCACAAGCGGCUCUACAAGCACUUGAAAAAUCCGCUGUCGACAAUUCGAAACACCCCGAGCAUUUCCGAAAGGACCUCCUGGCCAUCGCCCGCACUACACUAUCCUCGAAGGUCCUUUCUCAAGAUCGCGAUCAGUUCGCCAAUUUGGCGGUCGAUGCCGUCCUGCGGCUAAAAGGCUCUGUUGAUUUGAACCACAUCCAAAUCAUCAAGAAGUCAGGAGGCAAACUGUCCGACUCGUAUCUUGACGAAGGAUUCAUCCUUGACAAGCGCAUUGGCGUGAACCAACCGAAGAGAUUGGAAAAUGCAAAAAUACUCGUGGCGAAUACUGCAAUGGACACGGAUAAAGUGAAAAUCUGGGCCGCCCGCAUGAAAGUCGGUUCAACGAAAGAACUGGCCGAGCUGGAGAAAGCUGAGCGGGAGAGAAUGCGUGCGAAGGUCGAACGGAUCAAAGCACAUGGGAUAAACUGCUUCAUCAACAGGCAGCUUAUCUACAACUGGCCGGAGCAACUCUUUACGGAAGCGGGAAUAAUGUCCAUCGAACAUGCCGAUUUCGACGGUGUGGAACGUCUCGCCUUGGUCACCGGUGGAGAGAUUGCCAGCACUUUCGACCACCCGGAGUCCGUCAAGCUCGGGCACUGCGACUUGAUCGAGGAGGUCAUCAUCGGCGAAGACACGUUGAUCAAAUUCUCCGGCGCGGCAGCAGGUCAGGCCUGCACCAUCGUUCUAAGAGGUGCCACGGAACAACUUCUGGACGAGGCGGAGCGAAGUCUGCACGACGCUCUUGCCGUAUUGUCACAAACUGUCAAAGAACCUCGCGUUGUCCUUGGCGGCGGCUGUUCUGAAAUGGUCAUGGCAAAAGCCGUGGACUCUAUUGCGCAGAAGAUACCUGGUAAAAAGCGCUUGGCUGUCGAUUCAUUCUCAACCGCACUACGUCAACUUCCUACCAUCCUUGCGGACAAUGCCGGUCUCGACUCCUCUGCUUUGGUGUCGGAGUUGAGAAGCGAAGUGUACAGGGGUAUGACGAGUUCCGGCUUGGAUCUCCUGACUCCGGGUGGCGGCAUCGCCGAUAUGCGGGAGUUGGGUGUCAUCGAGAGUUACAAGUUGAAGAAGGCGGUGGUAGGGAGCGCGAGUGAGGCUGCAGAGUUGUUGCUGAGAGUGGAUGAUAUCAUUCGGGCGGCGCCAAGGAGGAGGGAGCGGAUGUGAGAGGGAGUGAGUGUUGCAAGUGGCAGAUGGCAGAUGACGUGGGAAUGAAUGGGAUUUCCCUCAUCGUCUGCGGCGGGUGUGAAAAUCCGUGCGGACCUGCUUCUUCGAAAGGACAAGGAAGGAGAAAAAAGGGCAGUCGACUGCCAUGCGGAUCUACUUGCCUCAACGGAAGAAACCAGUCAAAUGCUUGACGAGGCCAUGGACAACAAUGCACCGACCAAACAAGUUCCCGGGACCUGCCCAACGACAAGCCAAUUUCAUCUGUGCGCCCACCUAUCUACCUACAUAACUGCCUGUCCACGACGCCUACAAGCCCUUUCUCUUCAGCCCAUUCACGACCGAACCUGUGAGCGUUUGACUCGGGUAGGACCACUUGACUGGCCGGCUAGCUCGCUGGACGCAUCACAUCAUAUCAUACCACGUCAGACCACAUCAAGCACCUACCUGCAUGCGCUUUGCCAUUGCCAGAAUCCCCCUACCUACCUAUCUACAUACCUUUCAUGACACAUAGGUAUGUAUGUAUGUAUGUAGGCAGGGUGCCUCGCAAGAGACGGAGCCCCAAUCACCCAACAAUCAAGCCCUCAAAUUUCAUCGAUCCCCUCCACCAUUCGACCCAACUCAUGCACAACUGACCCCAUUGACAAACAUCUCGAUCCUAUCCCAAUUGUCGACGGGAGCGUCUCCUUGAUGGUCCCCGGUCGGCAGUGAACGAACCAUCUCCUGGCACUGGGCGAGCGAGUUCGAAUGGAUAUCUUAUGCAUGAACCUACGAGGUACACAUGGACGCAUAGGUCGCAUGGCUUGCAGAUCGAAAGAGUGUUUUGAGGAGCCAUUUGCCUGUUAAACCACACAGUGCCGACCCAGCCAAUGCCAGGCGAUGCGAUUCGCGGCCAUCCAUACUGGUACAUCUCGAAAGGUUUGAUAGAUAGGUAGGUAGGUAGUCAUGGGACAUGUCACAAGGAUUCCUCCGUACCCUGGAGGCCGACUUGAGAUUAAAGGGGCCUCGAAUAGAUGCUGGAAAAGACAAAAAAAAAGAAUCAAAACGAGACCACGAGCAGAGUAGAUAUCUUAAAAUUUCUC